AUGCAUCGCUUCAAGACGAGACGCCGAGCCAAGGACGACUCGGCCGCCCUGGCCGCGGCGGCUGCUGCUGAGGCCGAAUCAUCGAACCCUUUCCGCAUCUUCAGGGGCAAGAAAUCUCAUGAAGAACCCGUCAAACCGGAGAUCGACCUCACAGCCGCCCUGCCGAGCUCCGACGACUUUAGGACUAGCUUGCUGAUGACUGGGUUGUCUGCCCGAUUCUCCAUGUUGCGAGAGCAGGAUGAUCCCAACACCAAGAUUGGGAAGGCGAGCGAUGACAGCGUUCUCUUCCCCAAGAGGCAAUCCCGCAUGGACUAUGCCUUUGGUGGCGGUCUAGGUGAUAUUGCCGAAUUGUACGAGGAUGAUGUGUCUCUCUCGGCCUUCCAAAAAUGGAAACAAGCCGAGAAGGAGAGGAGCGCCGCCAUGGCCGACGAAGACUACGAGGAAAGCGGGGACCGCCUCGACAACAUCAUCAGGGCCAUCGGCGAGCCGGAAUUCGACAGCCGCAACCUCAAUUACAUCACAGCCUACCAAUUCCUUCAAGGACUUCUCUGCUGGAAGUCCACUUACCUCGACGAGUCCAGUGCCCGGGGUGAGAGGCACGUAGCGAGGACGAGACGCCUAUACGAGACUGGCCUUACACAAGAACUACAGGACAACCAGUCGCUCGCCUUUUCAAGGCUCGAUACGCUUUCCCGCAAAGUCACUGCGCGAACACCCGAUCUUUCGCAGAACAACUCGCCCACAAGCUUUUCCUUUGGCGACCGGAGGCUCCUGUCCAAGGCUAGCGCUCCUAACCUGACGCCUUCCAACCCACUUUCCGGAACGCGCUCCGUGACGAGCCCCGUUGAUCUCGGUGUGCGCACGAAUAACCUAGCGGAGCCUAGCAAGCCAUUUGGGGCAGCACCUCCCCUAAGCCCACCCAUGAGUGACCAUGAGGAAUCUGUACUCUCCAUCCACCCAAGUGACAGAGGCAAGGCGACUGCCCUUGGUGUAUUCCAAAAGCCGGCCCAACCAUAUGACGAGUCCCGCUUCGCCCAACGCCAGAUCCAACUUCAGCAAGGCCGAGAGACGCCCACGCGGCAAUUCAGAGCCGAAUCUGCCGCUUCUCGCCAUACAGGGCGGUCUGAUUCCCCCGAUGCUGCCCGGAGUAGCACCGAGGAUGAUAAGACUCUCCCGCUUCGGGAGGCAGAGCAUGCUCCCCCACACCUUCCUAGCCUUCCACCUCCACAGGCCCGGCCCGCCGAUGAGGACCAUCCGGCGUUCCGAUCCUCUGCUCUACCUACACCUUUGUCUUUCACCUCGAAGAUCUCUGACGACCCGGCUAGUGUUGUGACGACCCCAGGUCUUGCUCCUGCCUCGGCCGACCUUUCGUCCCACGACUCGCCUACUUUGGGACCACCUGCGGGGCUGAGCGGGAUGGUGCGCCAGCACCUACGAUCGGACAGCAACGCCUCCUCUGUUUAUGGCGCCGAUCCCCAGAUCAAGAACGAGGAAAUGAAACUCUCCAUUGAGCCAUUUGACUCCAAGACCCUUGGUGAUUUCUCCGGGGACUUUAACCCCUGGAACCCUCGGGAAAACGACUGGGCUCUCUCCUACUAUGGCGAUCAGCAAAAGCCGGCCCCCGUGGAAGCCGCCACACCCAUCACACGCGACCCAUCUCCUGCGCCUCAACUUCGGUCAGCCCGGCACUCUAGUGAGGCGAGCGAAUCUUAUGAUAACCCCAAGCCACGUGGCGAGAAGGACGAGUUUGCCGACCGGCUUGCGGACGGCGCUCGCAGGGUUCGCGAGAGGCUGACGUCCUACGUCGAGUCUGACACGAGUAGCCGUGACUUUGACAUUCCUACCCCCAUUAGCGAGACCCCGCUCCGGUCUAGCCCCCUUGGCAGCCUCUUGAGGCCCAAGUCGAGUCGCGGAUCCCUGAUUGAGAAGAGUCGGGAGCCCACCAACGCCGCCCCCAAGGCCAUGAAGAUGCUUGGCCUCGGCAAUGUGACCAUGGCCACGAGCCCAAACACGCUCACCUUUGACGACAAGGACCAGCCUCUGGUCUCAAGCGAGAAGGAAGAUGAGGCCAAGGACGAGAGCAUGCACGCUGGCCUGAAGCACUUCCGACAGGCGCGCCGCGAGCUACAGCGACUUAAGGAGUUGGAGACCAAGCAGCGUCAUCAGAACCAACAACCCGCCCCCGAUGACCAGCCAGGUGAUGGAGCCGACCCCGUCUCGGGAAAGGCGCCCGCCGCCGAGCUCGUUCCAGCGACCCCCAGCACCGAGCCCCGAAUGGGUUACCCGGGACCCGGAUCGCGUAACAACUCUCGGCCUUCUUCGCGCACGACGGAAAGGGACCGAAGCGGAUCAGAAACCAGCAACGGUAGCAGGUCGCACAGCCGUCCGCCAAGGCUCAUGAAUCCCAAUGGACCCAACGGCCCCAAUGGGCCUGGAGCGAUGGAGGACUUCCGUCAGGGCCCUCCCCGCCCGGGACCUCCGAUGAUGCGCUCACCUGGUCUUCCUGGCACAGACAUUCGCCGCUCGCCGCACAUGCCCCCUCAGCCGUACCCGGGCAACGGACAAAAUGGACCUCACGGCGAUCGGCUCGUGCCCAUGCAAGCUUACGGCCAGCGGGGUCUUCACUCGGGACAGCCGUCGCCUAUCUCGCCCAUGGGCGACCUGCCAUCACCUUUUGGACCGCCAUCAGGAAGGAACACCCCGAUCGGUUCGGCAGCACCAUCCCCUCGGCGCCCCUCGGCACCCCCACUUCCCUCACCCGCAGCUAUUGCGAUGGCCUCUGGGCCUGACUCGAGCAACGGCAAUGUGCGACUUGAUGAGAGCAUGAAGCGCGUGGUGCGCAAGAGAGACAUUUCGGAACCGACUUUUGUCUCGUCCACCUCCCGUGUGCCAGUUGUUGACUUGCCCGAGGACGGGACGCGCUCUCGAAGCGGUUCUCGAUCCCGCUCGGGCAGUCUGCUCAAGACGCUGGGAUCGGCGGCAUCGACGCCUAAUCUGCACGCGCAGGCACAUGCGCCUCCCGUACCGCCCAUCAACCCCCGACGACGAAACGUUUUGGGAAACCUCAUGGGGCGCAAGGGAGACGACGAUAUGAAUCUGAGCACACCGCAACUUCCAUUCGUCUCGUAUGGAGCCGACUCGGGUGACGAGGCUCGCAGCGGGUUCUCGGAUGAGGACGACGCCUUUGGUCGCGAUCGACGCAACCGGCUUCGAAAAGCAACUAGCGAGGCCAACGUCGCCGCAGCGGCUCGAAACGGGGCCCCUAAGCGCCAGAGCCCGCCUUACAUGAUGAAUAGUGCCUCUCAGGGGCCGCCCCCGCCCGUCACGACCAACGGAAUGCCUGGCGGCAUGAUCUAA